UUUUUUUUUCAUUUUUCAUUCUUGUUUUUGCACGUUCAAUUUUUUUUUUUACCCCACAAUUUUUUUAUUUUAUUGCAUGUAAUUUACCUUGUUUCCCUUCCACUCUUUUCUUUUUUUUAUUUCUUUAUCUUGUUUUUAAUUCAUCACUCAGACUGUACCAAACACAAUGACUUCCUUGCUGAAUUACACCAGUCUCGAUUCCAUUCAAGACAAUGUCAGUCAUGUCCGUCAAGUCUUUCAUAUGGGUAAACCUCGCGAUAUGUAUUGGCGAAAGUACCAGCUUCAACGACUUUAUGACAUGAUCAGUGAGAAUGAAAAGAAACUAUGUGACGCCAUGAAAAAAGAUAUGAACAAGCCUUUGAAUGAAGCCAUGAGUGGUGACAUUGCGCCUGUAUUGGACGAAUGUCUCUAUUUCCUUGACCAAUUGGACGAUUUAGCAAAAGAUAUCAAGGUCAAGCCUCGAUCGGGUUUGAACAAGAUGGAAAAAGUGGUCAUUAGAAGAGAUCCUUUGGGUGUUGUGCUGAUUUUAGGCAGUUGGAAUUAUCCUGUUCAACUCUCUUUAGUGCCUUUUGCCGGGGCGAUUGCAGCUGGUAAUGCCGUCAUUCUCAAGCUGUCGGAAGUGUCACCCCAUACAGCAGCUGUCAUCACGGAACUUUUCCCCAAAUACAUGGACACGAGCUGUUACCGUCUUGUCAAUGGCGGUGUCGAGGAAACAACAGCACUCUUGAAGGAAAAGUUUGACCACAUCUUUUACACGGGUAACUCCAACGUGGCCAAGAUUGUCAUGACGGCCGCCGCUCAACACUUGACACCCGUGACCUUAGAAUUGGGUGGUAAAUCACCGGCUGUCAUUUUACCCGAUGCCAAUAUGCAACUUACGGCCAAUCGUAUUGCAUUUGGUAAACUAUACAAUGCUGGACAGAUUUGUAUUGCAGUGGAUUACGUCCUUUGUCCAGCCUCCCGUUUGUCAGAAUUUGUCUCUGCUUUCAAAAAGACAUUGCACGACUGGUAUAAAAACGAUCCUCAAAAGACCGACUCGUAUGCUCGUAUUGUCAAUGAACGUCAUUUCGACCGUUUAGCCAACCUACUUCAACAUCGCCAGAGCGGUGAUAUUGCCGUGGGGGGUCACAUGGACCGAGCGGAUCGUUAUAUUGCUCCUACGCUGAUCACGCAUGUCCGUCCGGACGACCCUGUGUUGAUGGGGGAUGAAAUCUUUGGUCCUAUUUUACCCGUCAUUACGUACAACGAGGAUGUAGAAGAAGCCAUGGGUGUUAUCCGAAAGCGAGAACCUCCCUUGGCGCUUUAUAUCUUUACUAAAAAACCACAGUUAGCAGAAAAAAUUUUAAAGAAUACGCCUUCCGGUGGUGUUUGUGUCAAUGAUUGUUUGAUGCAUCAGGCAGAAUACGGCAUUCCCUUUGGUGGCGUAGGUCAUUCUGCGAAAUCCUAUGCUACCUUUACGCACGAAAGAUCCAUGCUGAUCAAGAAGCAAACGAUGGAGAGUGUCAUGAGUAUUCGUUAUCCUCCUUACAACCAACGCAAAUAUAACCUUUUGCGUAUGGUGUUGGUCAAGCCUGCUUUCUUGGUUGCUUUGAAAAAGUACAACAAGCCAAUCAAAGCACUUGCUCUCAUCCUUGUUUUGGUUGGAUUGUAUCUAAAAAGACAAUCAUAA